ACGUAGCCCUCUGCGAGCAGAAUGUCCCCGCACGUCUCGCGCCUUAAGUUAAGCAGACAGACAUGGAGAGCUAAAACAACGGCCUGGUAGUGCGGUCCCAGCAUCACAAAACUCACCCACUGCUCCGGAUAUCUGCACUUUGAGACAGUAAGCUUUUAUCGAAUAGACUCGACUGAUACAGAUUGAAACGGACGACACUUGAGAGAGGCUUUUUCGGUUGUUUUAGCCUACCCUUAAGCAGCCAAACAUGACAAGCAAGUUACUUGGCAACAGGUGCUCCCGGACCGGUGACUGAAGGACCUCUGGAGUGUUCCUGUGAUCUGCGACUUCAGAGCACCUUCCCAUCAUGUCUGAGGGCUCUGUGUUGAGCGCUUCAUGUUGAGAGAACCACUCCCUCAUCGAUGCUAGCCGGACAUCUAAUGUUGACAGUCGAACAUCUCUCACCUUUAGCUCACAGCAAAGACCUGAAGCGGGAGCAACCAGUUCUCCAGCUGCAAGAAGUGCACUCCAGCAAGAUGAGCUCAGCCCACAUCCUCACCCCCGUCCUCAGAUCCCCCCCCUCCCCCAGCCUGGCCCUGGACUCCAGCCACCCCAUAUGCAUCCCGUCCCCUUACACCGACCUGGGCCAUGACUUUGGCGCCGUGCCCUUCUACGGCCCCACCAUCUUCAGCUACGCCGGCCCCGGCUUACCGGAUCGCUCGCCCGUUCGGCAGUCUCUCAGCCCCUCCUUCUUCUGGCCGGGCCACGCCCACAUGGGACCGGCCAUCCCCCUUCACCGCGCCCUGUCCUGCCAACGCGCUCAGCCCCUCCACGGUUCGUGGGCGGAGCUGUCCCCACAGGAAAGCGUUCUCGCAGACAGCAGCAAGGCCCUGACCAAGUGCCCCCAGGACAGCGAGGAGAGUGUGGUGUCGUCAGGGGGGAAGGCUGACCUGCACUUUUGCGCUGUGUGCCACGACUACGCGUCGGGCUACCACUAUGGGGUCUGGUCGUGUGAGGGCUGCAAGGCCUUCUUCAAGAGGAGCAUCCAGGGGCACACGGACUACAUCUGCCCCGCCACCAACCAGUGCACCAUCGACAAGAAUCGCCGCAAGAGCUGCCAGGCUUGCCGUCUCCGCAAGUGCUAUGAAGUUGGCAUGACCAAGUGUGGCAUGCGGCGAGAGCGCAGCAACAUCCGCAACCCCCAGUUGCGGCGGGGAGGGCGUGGUUCGUCACGGGGCGGGGCCUGCCGUCCGAGGAGAGAGGCCCUGGGCGGCGAAGGAGCGGCCGGGGGAGGGGCUCUGGUGGAACUGGUCUCCGCUGAGCUCACGCCCAAGCAGCUGAUCGAGCGGAUCAUGGAGGCGGAGCCGCCAGACAUCUACCUCCUGGGGGACAUCAAGAGGCCGCUGACCGAGGCCGGCGUCAUGAUGUCACUCACCCGCCUCGCCGACAAGGAGCUGGUUCACAUGAUCAGCUGGGCCAAGAAGAUUCCAGGGUUUGUGGAGCUCAGCCUGCUGGACCAGGUGCACCUGUUGGAGUGCUGUUGGCUGGAGGUGCUGAUGAUUGGGCUGAUGUGGAGGUCUGUGGACCACCCUGGCCAGCUCAUCUUCUCGCCAGACCUCUGUCUGAGCAGAGAGGAGGGCAGCUGUGUGCAGGGCUUUGUGGAGAUCUUUGACAUGCUGGUGGCGGCGACGGCGCGCCUCAGAGAACUGAAGCUGCAGAAGGAGGAGUACGUCUGCCUCAAGGCCAUGAUCCUGCUCAACUCCAACAUGUGCCUCAGCUCGUCUGACGACGGCGAUGGCGGCGAUAGCGGCGGCGACGGAGAGAUAAAGGGUCGCUCCAGGCUGCUGCAUCUGCUGGACUCGGUGACGGACGCCCUGGUGUGGGUCAUCAGCAAGACGGGCCUCACCUACAGGCAGCAGUACACCCGCCUGGCCCACCUGCUCAUGCUGCUCUCCCACAUCCGCCACGUCAGCAACAAGGGCAUGGAUCACCUCCACUGCAUGAAGAUGAAGAACAUGGUGCCGCUGUACGACCUGCUGCUAGAGAUGCUGGACGCCCACAUCAUGCACAGCAGCACCCGCCUGCCCUGCCCCCCGCCGCAGCCCGCCGGGCCGGACCAGCCCCCCCAGGCGGACAGACCCCCGGCGCCGCCCCCCCUGGUCUCCACCACGGGUCCCAGCCACACCUGGACCCCCACCAGCAGCAGCAUGGACCAGCAGGAGUAGAGCCGGCCGGGGGAGAGGCGGGAGGAGACUGCCUCCUAUUUUCUUUUUCCUUCACCCAUUCUCCGGCUCCACCCUUACCGUCAGUGUGACCCCUUCUUGCAUCUAGCAGUGGUGCAGCAUCGUCGCGAGACACCGCUUCCAUCAGCCAUGCAGCCAAUAAUUCAUAAAUACUGAAAUUAUUGAGUAUAAGGUGCUCUGCUAUUGGAAAUAAACAAUGAAUGAUGAUACAGUGGGCGCCAAUUAACCCCUUAGAAAUGCUUUGGACUAAAUUUAGGAAGCAUAAAGAGAAAAUGAGGGGUGUUUUAUAGCCGCCAAACGGCCGACUAAUUGCUCUUCUUUGGCCUGCUACUUUAACCCCAGACAUCAUAUUAAUAGACCGAGAGUCUGGUGUUCUGUGAACAUUUCUAUUUAGCCCCCUAUCAUAACGAGGCAGCUGAGUAGUUACUGCUACUAAGAUAACAGUCUACUAAGUCUGUUAUUCUUAGCAUGGCAAUUGAUUGACCACCUGACCGACGUCAUGUCUUUAUUUGAAGUUAACUACAAGGAUGAUGCCUGAUCACAAUGAUCCGACUCCAUUUCAGAGUUAUAGGAGCAUAUGGGAAGCUUAUUGGUAGUAAUGGUGUUCUGGUCAUUGUCUUGUCAUUAAUUGUGACAUGAUUUGUCAUACGGAGAUAUUGUUAUGUUUGGAUCUGCCACAGCGUUUCUCAUGCAAGACGUGGCAAAGCAACGUUUUUAUUGACCUAAAUUACGCUAUAUUUACCCUGAUUAGGAUUUGACAUCACAAAUCCCUCGGUAUGUAUGGGUAAGGAUGGGUUAGUGUCCAGCGUCCACAUAUUACAGAUGCGCAACCAUACACCAUCCCCUCUUCACAGACAAGUUUUACAUAAAUAAGUAGAUCUCACGCGCAGGCAACAUUUCCUACUCUGCAUCCAUUGCUUCAUUCUCUGUUCUGUCUAGCCUAAAUCGCUUGUCUACAGAUGUGUACAUUUGUUUACAGAGCUAAUAGUUGUCGUUCCCCAAUGACACUUAAUGGCGACCUUGUAAGGGGGUGUUUCAACCUUUAAGUUGAUUAUCAAUAAUGCCAUUUGAUGAUCUAGAGCAGUGAUUUGGACAGAGAAGCAACGUAAUACCAUAAUAUAUCAAAACGCAUAUCAUACACCAUUUUAGCUUUAGCUAUUAAACAAUAUAUAAACACUCACUCAUUGGCCUUAGUCUCUGGAUUGACAUCAACGUUCAACAUGUACAGAUGUAUGUUUGGAUAGUCAGCGGGGGGUGAGCAUUGAGGGCCCCAGCCAUGGGUUGGCACAUUCUGGAGGACCCUGUAUAAAAGGGACUUUGUGAACCUCUGAUCUAUCAAUUACUCCCUGUUGUAUUUUUAACAAAAGUUUAACUAUUAGUUAUGAAGUUAUGAAAGAAAUGGUUGAAGUGAAACAGGAAGCCAGGUUAGUGUAUAAUAAUGACAAUGCCUGACAUUCAGAUGAGCUACCGGAUGGACAUUCCCUUUACUCAUAAAUAUGUUUUUUGUUUUGUAAACAUGGCAUUGUGUAACCUUGUUGAGUGCUCUGCUGUUUGACAGUGGGGUGCCAUAUUGUGCCAAAACAUGCUUGUGAGGACUGAAAAUGUUUUUGAACUCAAGCAAUCCAAGUGUUGUUUCUUAAAAAAAAUAAGAAAAAUCUGUGUGCCUGAUAAGUUUUGGAAUAGAUUUUAGUUUCAUUACUCAUCACUGCCUAAAAGGCCCUUCUUUUACAAACCACAAGCUAAUUUAAAAAUUUGCCUUAAUAUUUCUAAAUGUAGCCCAAAGCACUGACAAUACCAGCCUUGUGUGCCAUUUGAGUAAUGGCAACUUGUGAUCCUUGCACAAACCAUUAGGCCUACUAAUCACCUAAAUAAGAACAGCAGUUGAGGCCAUGUAAGCUGUACGGAUAACAUUUUAGUGGUACGGAACAUGCUACCUGUACAGAACAUUCUAGCUGUAUGGAACAAUCUAGCUGCACGGAACAUGCUAGCUGUACAUAACCAUGCUAUAGCUGUAAUGAUAACAUGUGAGCUGUAUAGAUAACAUGUUAGCUGCACGGAACAUGCUAACUGUACAGAACCAUGUUAGCUGUACAGAUAACAUGUUAGCUGUACUGAACAUGCUAGGUGUACAGAACAUUAGAGCGCUUUCUUUGUCAAACUCAGGAUAAUGCCCCUGUAAUAUGUUUCAGGGUAGCCUUUGACAUAUUUUUUUGGGUUCAUCUUUCAAACUAACCUGUAAUGAAUGUAACCGAUUAUAGUAAUGGAACGUUUUUGACUGAUUGUGAAGCUGGAAGUCAGUCAUAAAUUGCUUUGUUUCCUCUUCUGUGCUUUUCACAUACGGGAAUUUCAAUGUCUGGAUAUAAGUCCUACCUGGUGAUAUUAAGUGAAGUGUGACGAUUAUGCAGCAGCCGUCUAUGCAGAAAAAGAGGGGGAAGGGUUUGUGUCCGCACUGCGUCCUAAUUGUUAUCCAGUCCGAGCUUUAAGCUUCACCGCCAAACUCACCUGUCUGGUUAUGCUUAUUCACACACAAGUCUAUUGUAAGAUGAUGUUGCAUUUUUCAAUGUAUUUGUUUUGCUUGAAGGAGACGGAAAUGCUAUUUUUGUAUUUUAGAAUUUAGUCUAUUUUGCAGCUUGACAAUCAUGAAUUUGCACUGCAACCUUUACUCCAACUUCGACACGCACCUUAAACCUAACAUUAAAUAUCUGGCUGAAUCAAAUAUGGAUUAUCUUUUUCUGAACGAGUCCUUUUUUUUGCAUAAUAAUACCUUAACCGUGUGUAAUAUAAUAUACCUGUGGCAUAAUCGUGAGUCAUGCAUACAGUACCUUUUGAAUACUGUAUGCAUGACUCAUGCAUGCAGAUUAUUUUCGUGGGCCAUCCCAUUGUGUAUUAUCUUCAAGUAUUAUCUUUAAGUUCAAAAGGUUGUAUCAGAAUCAGUUAUAUCGGUUCCAACUCCUUGAUUUAAAGGGUGACAACCAUUCGACAAUUUAUUCAUAAAGGAGCAAAAUGUUUUCAUAGAUUAAAAACAUAAACUGGUAAAAAUAAAUACUUAUGUAAUUGCAACUUGUCAAAACAAAUGUUUUAGUUACUCUUGGUUAUGUGAUGAGGCCUGAAUCAACGGUUUCCUGGGAAUGACUAAAAGAUCAACCUGUAAACUAGAGACACUUGACAGCCCCGCUGUCCCAAACUGUGGAUUGUGCAUUAGUUUCCAAGACAACCAGUGGCAGUUUUUCAAACACUAUUGGGGCGCUGUCUGUUCUACUUUGAGACGCCUUUGGGCUGUAGUAGUGUAUCCACUUUUUGAAAAAACGUAAAAAGUAAAGACAAUAUUAAAAACUACUGCUAUAUUAAAUAUUUUAUUAAGCAGGCUAUUAAAUGGAUUGUUAUUUUUAUAGUAGGUUAUAAUUUACAAUAUAUGAAAGAUUUCAACACCACAUCUUGAGGUCUUGAAUGGAACUCAAGAAUGUAAGUGUCUAUGUGCAGUUUCUGCCACUGGCAGCAGCAGCAACUCCUAAAAGCUUUGUCCAAGAACAUCUGGUCUGUCCAAUAUCUCCAGAAUUGCCACAGACAGUGCCAGACCAUGUCCUUUUUUUAGACGGAUGAAGAGAAGCACUAGUGCAAACAUUUCUUUGCACUGUUUUGAGCUGUAUUUGCUCCUGUCCCUCUGAUAGAUAUGUUCUUAGUCAUGUCCAAAACCAUAAUAGUACAUUUAAUGUUGUAAUGAUGUCCUCCAUUUUGACUUAUACUAAAAA